GCUCCUAAACUCCGAAAGUCCCAACGACAAACUCAAUCUCAAUCUCCCUCGCUUUUAAAAAAAACAAACUUGUUUUACUUAAAAGCCCUAAUCAGUACUCAGUAGUAGUAUUAACCAAAAAUCAAACUCGCUUUAAAUUUCUCUCUGCAGAAGAAGAAGAAGAAGAAGAAGAAGAAAGAAGAAGUUCAUAAACCACAUUCGAAUAUGUUCGCAAUUGCUGCUAUCAAUGAUACUGACUCUAAAGGCCAGUGGGAACCUUUAGCUCCUACCAAAGAAGCCCAGGAAUUUCAUCUAACACAAACCUAUCAUGAAGGACUUCAAAAAUUACAAGCUAAAGAAUAUGAAAAGGCGCGCGAGCUCUUAGAAUGUGUCUUAAGAGAUCCUCUUAUAGCAGGGGCGCAGGUGGACAGUAGUGCCAGCGAUGGUCAUCUACUGCAGCUCAGGUUUUUGGCACUGAAGAACCUUGCCACGGUUUUUCUUCAACAAGGUUCUGCACAUUAUGAGAGUGCUUUACGCUGUUAUCUUCAAGCCGUAGAGAUUGAUACCAAAGAUUCUGUUAUCUGGAACCAGCUGGGAACAUUAUCAUGCUCAAUGGGCUCACUCAGUAUAUCACGUUGGGCUUUUGAGCAAGGGCUUUUGUGCAGCCCUAAUAAUUGGAAUUGCAUGGAGAAGCUAUUGGAAGUUCUUAUUGCGAUUGGUGAUGAGGUGGCAUGUCUUUCUGUAGCAGAGUUGAUUUUGAGGCAUUGGCCAUCACAUUCUCGUGCCUUGCAUGUCAAAAACACCAUUGAAGAGUCAGAGCCAGUUCCAUUUGCUCCAAGAGGUAUAGAUAAACUGGAACCUAAACAUGUGCGGCUCAAAUUCUGUGACAAGAGAAAAUUGACUGAUGAGAAUUUAGAUGAAAGCAUUGCAUUGAAAAAGUUGAAACAGAACAUAGAACUGGACUUGGCAGAGGUUUCCUGGGCCACUCUUGCUGAUGCACUAUUGGAAAUCUUACAUCCAUUGCAUGAAUGUGGUUCUGAGAUGGGGGCGGAAAAAGUUUAUAGAUCCGGGGAUGUCAGAUUAAGAAUACGCUUACCUUCUAGUUCUGAGAAUGUUAUGGGGACUGUGGAAAGGAAAGGGAUUGACUUAAAUUUAGUGUGUGAAAAUAUGCCUCUUAGUGAUUGUGAUACUGAAAGAGCAAGUGUAGUUAAAGAAAAAGAAGCAAAUACUCUAGAAGAACAACCACAUGAGAGGCGGAGUAGUCGUCUUAGGAGUCGUAAACCAGGCAAAGAAGAAUUAGAUUCUGGUACUGGUAAGGAUCUGCCAAAGGUUGUAAUUCAAUAUCUAGAACCUUUUAUCACUGGUGGACCAGGAACGAAAAGUGCUGUUCAUGAUUCUAGCUGUUCAAAUCCAUUGGAUUCUGAAUUUAGUGACGUUUCUAAAUUUGUGACAGAAACUUCAAAAAAUUGUGGUGCUUACCAUAUGGGCCACUUACUUUUAGAAGAAAUGGCAAGAAGAGGCCUUGUUUAUCAGGAUUCAUUUUUCAAAUUGAUGGAGUUAGAGAAGUUGACAAGACAUUGGGGUAAGGAUAGAACCCCUGAAUGUAGUCUUUUUCUUGCCGAGCUUUAUUACGACCUUGGCUCAUCCUUUUCCAAUGCUUCCAAACUGUCUGAAUUCAUGUCAGAGGCAUCUUAUCAUCUUUGUAAGAUCAUUGAAUUAAAAGCUUUGGACUAUCCUUCUCACUCGAGUUGUGUCUCAGGGAAUGAAAAUUGUUCUUCAAGUCAGAAUUUUCAAUGUACUGUUGGAAUAUCAACGCAUGGCUCCAAAAUUAGGGAUUCAAAUUUAGAUAGUUCAUUCUUAACCAAUGACAAAUCUUUCUGGGUUCGAUUUUUCUGGUUAAGUGGGCGAUUGUCUAUUUUGGAUGGUAACAAGGCAAAAGCUCAUGAAGAAUUCUCUAUUUCCUUGUCACUUUUGAAAAAUAAGGAAAAUAUGAAUGAUUUUCCAUGUGUAGUCCAGCUCCCACACUGCAAGGUUAUUAAAGAGUUAACCAUUGAUAGGCUUCUCCAUGAAAUUAAUAUUUUAAAGGUUGAUUUCAUGAUGGAAAAGACUUUAGGUGAGAUGAUUGAGAAAGAGAUGUAUAUGGAGUGCGUUAACUUACUUGCUCCACUUCUAUUCUCUACAAAAAAUGUUCACCUUGAUGCAUUGCCUUCAGCUAUUGCGGAUACAAACAGUGAAGGGAUUACUUCUCUUGAAAUGUCAGCGCUAGACAUUUUAAUCAAAGCUUGUGAGAAGAUAAAGCCAGUGGAUGCUGAGUUAUAUUUGAAUUGCCACAGACGAAAGCUGCAAAUACUCAUGGUAGCAACUGGAAUGGAUGAUUACCUUGCUUCAUGUAAACCCUUUCGUCAGAAGUUGGGGUCAAAAACACCUUCUGGUUCUGAUAUAGAAUUAAAAGAAAGUUCAAGCAAGCACUGGAAUUGCUUGGUUACAGAGGAAGUGAAGGCAAUCUCUGACUGUGUUUCACAAGUGAAGAGCUUCAUUGAUCAGUCAGGAGAUCCUAAUGGCAUUCUUGUCCCAAUGAGCUGCAUUGGUGAUAUUCAAUCUUUGCUGUUGUCAGUCAUGUGCAAUGUUGCAAGCAUAUUGCUAUGCAAGAAAUCUUCUGGGCUGUUAGUUGCUGAUGAUGCUGAAAGAUGCUGCUUUGUUGAUGCAGCCAUUGGAUUCUGCAAACUUCAACACCUCAACCCUAAUUGGCCUGUUAAAACUCAAGUUGAGUUAAUUGUUGCAAUGCAUGACUUGCUUGCUGAGUAUGGGCUCUGCUGUGCGGGUGUAGGAAAUGAUGGGGAGGAAGGAACGUUUCUUAAAUUUGCAAUAAAGCAUCUCUUGGCCUUAGAUAUGAAGCUUAAAUCCAACUCUAAUACUUUAAAUAGGGAAAAGACUCAAUGUCAUGAGCAGGUCUGCAAUUAUAGUCCUGCCAAAACUUCUCUAAAUGAAUCAAGAAUAGAUACGCUGGAGGUGGGGAUGGGUCCGACUCAAAUUGAUGGAAAUUGUAUCAUGGAGAAGGAUAUUUCUGAUAAGAUAACUUCCAAGGACAUUUCAUCUCAUAAAUCCCUGGAUAAGGAGAGUGCUGGGGUAGAAGGUGGAAACCGAGGCAGUGAUGGGUCUGAUGGAGAGUUGAACAAAGGUGAAAAAGCAAGCAAUCAAUUGAUUGAAUGUGGAAAUGAAUUUACUGAAGAUGAAAGGGAGGAACUUGAGUCAAAAAUUGAUAAUGCAUUAGAUCAGUGCUUUUUCUGCUUAUAUGGUCUAAAUCUUAGGUCUGAUUCUUCCUAUGAAGAUGAUCCAGUUAGCCACAAAAAUACUAGCCGUGGGGAUUACCAGACCAAGGAACAGUGUGCUGAUGUUUUCCAGUAUAUUCUCCCCUAUGCAAAAGCUUCUUCUAGAACUGGAUUGGUCAAACUUCGAAGAGUAUUAAGAGCUAUACGGAAACACUUUCCACAUCCACCAGAAGAUGUUUUGUCUGGAAGUGCAAUAGAGAAAUUCUUGAAUGAUCCAGAUUUAUGUGAAGAUAAACUCUCAGAGGAGGCUGGUUCUGACGGAUUUCUUGAGACUAUGAAGAAGAUAAUAUUUCCUGAUGAGGGUAGCCUCCAACAGCACAAGGCCUCGUCAGUUGGGAGCUCUGAGCCAUAUUUGGAGGUCUAUUCCAAUUUGUAUUAUCUCAUGGCUCAGUCUGAGGAAAUCAGUGCAACUGAUAAAUGGCCUGGCUUUGUACUAACAAGGGAAGGGGAGGAAUUUGUACAGCAAAAUGCAAACCUCUUCAAAUAUGAUUUAUUAUACAACCCUCUACGAUUUGAAAGUUGGCAACGGCUUGCAAAUAUUUAUGAUGAGGAGGUAGACUUGUUGCUAAAUGAUGGCAGCAAGCACAUUAAUGUAGUAGGAUGGAGGAAGAAUGCUACUUUACCUCAGAGAGUAGAGACAAGCCGAAGGAGGAGUAGGCGGUGUUUUUUAAUGAGUUUGGCAUUGGCAAAGACAUCAGCUCAGCAGUGUGAGAUACAUGAAUUAUUGGCAUUGGUAUACUAUGACGGCCUUCAGAAUGUGGUGCCAUUUUAUGAUCAGCGUUAUGUUGUACCCUCAAAGGAUGCAGCAUGGAUGAUAUUCUGUGAGAACUCAUUGAAACAUUUUAAGAAAGCUUUUGUGCACAAGCAAGAUUGGUCCCAUGCAUUCUAUAUGGGAAAACUCUGUGAAAAGCUUGGAUACUCACAUGAGACAUCAUUGUCAUAUUAUGAUAAGGCUAUUGCUUUGAAUCCAUUAGCUGUGGACCCUGUCUACAGGAUGCAUGCUUCACGCUUGAAGUUACUUUAUACGUGUGGAAAACAGAAUCCGGAGGUUUUAAAGGUUCUUUCAGAAUAUUCUUUUAGUCAGUCAGUUAGGGAUGCGGUCAUGAUUAUCCUUGGUAAAAUGAGUUCUGAAAUUUUGCACUCACUAAUACAUACCAAGGAUGAAACUCAAGCAAAUGCUGAUGAGAUUAAGUAUGAAAAAUCACUUAAAUUGGAGGAGGCAUGGCGCAUGAUUUACAGUGACUGCAUUUCUGCCCUUGAAACAUGUGUUGAAGGGGAUCUUAAGCAUUUUCACAAGGCCAGAUAUAUGCUAGCUCAAGGGCUGUAUAAAAGGGGUGAGACAGGCGAUUUGGAAAGGGCAAAGGACGAACUUUCUUUUUGCUUCAAAUCAUCUCGCUCAUCCUUUACAAUAAAUAUGUGGGAGAUUGAUAGCAUGGUUAAAAAAGGAAGGCGAAAAACUCCAGGUCUUGCUGGGAGCAAAAAGGUCCUUGAAGUCAACUUACCAGAGAGCUCUCGAAAAUUUAUUACUUGCAUUCGGAAGUACAUGCUGUUCUAUUUGAAAUUGUUGGAGGAGACUGGAGACAUAUGUACCCUUGAUCGAGCUUAUUUAUCUCUUCGGGCAGAUAAGAGGUUUUCACUGUGCAUUGAAGAUCUUGUACCAGUGGCACUUGGGAGGUAUAUUAAAGCCCUAAUUUCAUCAAUGCAUAAUACUGAGACUGUUGGUUCUAGUUCUGCAAGCAGUUCAGAGCAUGUCCUGGAGAAAUUGUUUGCUUUGUUCAUGGAACAGGGGAACUUAUGGCCUGAAAUCUGUGGUUUGGCUGAGAUUAAGAGCCCAGAAACAUCAGAGAGCAGCUUAUAUGGAUAUCUUCAUGAACAUAUCAUAUCUUUAGAGAGGAAUGGAAAGCUGGAAACUCUUGAAGCAAUAAAUGAGAAGAUUCGAAAGCGUUUUAAGAAUCCAAAGUUGUCAAACAGUAACUGUGCAAAAGUUUGUCAGCAUGCUUCUGUGGCUUGGUGUCGAUCCCUCAUAAUAAGCUUGGCAUCAAUCACUCCAUUACCUUAUGAAUUUUCAAGCGAGAGUCCGGUCCUUGUUCCAUCAGAUGGAUGGUUGGAAAAUAGCCAUCUGCUUUGUGUUGAUCUGCAAAUAAAUGAAUUGUGGAACUCAGCAUUUGAAAACUCAAUUCAAUUAAAAAAUCUUGAAACAAAAUGGUACCCAAUUUUGUCUAAAAUCAAGAAUAUAAUUAUCAAGAAAGCUUCAGAAGAAAAUUUGGAGACUGCAAAUGCUUUGCUUAAAUCUACUUACAAUUAUUAUCGGGAGAGCUCCUGUGUGGUGCUUCAAUCUGGUGUCAUUCUUAAUCUGGUUCCAUCUCGGUUAGCAACAGGAACACAAUUUCAGCCAAGCAUGGAUGGGGUUGAAAUGCUUGAUCUGAGCAUUCCAAGGAAGCUUCUCUUGUGGGCCUAUACAUUAUUGCAUGGCCGUUGUGCUAACAUAACAGCUGUUGUAAAGUAUUGUGAAGAAAAUGCAAAGUCAAAGAUGAAAAAAGGAACUGGAACCUCACCCGCAACUGUAAAUGUAUCUAGUACCACCACUACUCUUGCAGGUGCUGGGAAAGAUGGAGCAAGCCAUGUUGGAAGCAGUGAUGUGGAGGCUUCUCCACUGACGACAAUGGCAUCUACUCUGUUGUCUGAGGGUGAUACCCGACAUUGUGUGAAUCAACUACCAUCUCUAGGUGAGAGUCAAAAGGGGUUAUUUGUUACACCGCAACUGCAUCAGUGUAAAAAUAUUGUUGCAGAACGCAGCAAUUUGGCAGGUCAUGAAGGAGAUUCUGACAAAAGUUAACUUCAUCUCACUGACUGAACUGCAUUUAACUGGUUGUUGUAGAAACCAUCCUUGUGCAUUCCACCUAAUUUGUUAUCAUAGAAAAUAUGACAUCAUACAUGUAAAAAAGAAUCUUUUUUUUUUUUAUGAAUACAUGUAAAAAAGAAUCUUGGGAUUGAGGGCUUUUUAAGAGAAUGGAUUAGUCUAAAAUCCCUGUUGUAUGAUAGCCUAAGGCUGAUUUUAGAGUAAAUGAAAUGUUACUAGUAUU